AUGAAUCUUGCACUUCGAAAGAUUUCGACUGCCCUUGAACUUGUUAUCUUUUCAAGAUGCAACGUCAAAAGUUGUCGUCAUUACUUAGAAUAUCAGAUGAAAUUUGCUUUCGGCGUCGCUUCAGAUCUGUCUUAGCUAUAACUUGAAAAUAAUGAAUAAGUUAGAGGAACGAAAAUUUUUCCCAAUCUACAUUGUGGAUGCUUUUACUGACCAUCCGUUUAGUGGGAAUCCUGCAGCUGUGUGCCUGAUACCGCCUGCUGAUGAUGUUGAAGAUGUUGUAAAACAAAAAAUUGCAGCUGAAAUGAAUCUUUCAGAGACUGCAUUUCCACAAGUUUUAAAUAGCACUGAUAACUUUCAAAAUGGUAAACGUUUUUCUCUAAGAUGGUUCACUCCAACUUGUGAAGUUCCUCUGUGUGGCCAUGCUACACUAGCCACUGCUGCAGUUUUGCUAAAAGAAUGUAAUAAUGAGUCCCAGGUUAUAGAAUUUGAAACUCUCCGUGGUAUUCUGAAAGCUGUAAAAGCCCCAAAUGAUAGAAUACAGAUUGAUUUACCUGCAUAUGAGUCAAAUCCUGUUAAUGGAAAAUAUGAAAAGCUAGUCAAGGUUGUUGCAAAAGAUUUACCUGUUGAAGAAGUUGUUUUAUCAUCAGACUUAAAAAAUCUCGUAAUUCGAUUAUGUGAUACAGUUACAAGAAAAGAAUUUGAAUCCUUUAAGACAAAUCCCACAGAACUUUUAUCAGCAGUGGAUGGUCUUAUUGGUGUGAUAGUGACUUUGAAAGCAUCAAGUGAAGAAUGGGUUGAUAGGGAUGGAAAUCGCUAUGACUUUGUUUCUCGGUAUUUUGCUCCUUGGGCUGGUGUGCCAGAAGAUCCUGUUACUGGCUCAGCUCAUAAUGUGCUUGCUCCAUAUUGGGCUAAAUACUUGCAGAAGAAUAAAUUUUAUGCUCGUCAGUGUUCUUGUCGUGGUGGAGAACUUCAUAUUGAGAUUCAGGGAGAUAGAGUUCUACUCAUUGGAGGUGCUGCUGUUGUAGUUAAAGGACAGAUACAUGUUUAGGGAAACAUCUAAAAAUUGUGAUUCAUCCAAGAAGAUAGAUUAUUUUUUAAACUCUUAACAACUUUAGCUGAAAAACAUCAAUAUCCUGUUGUAAAGAUAAUUGAAUGGUAUUUCAGACAUAAUAAAUCAUUCAGACAAAAACCCA